UGCUAUAUUUAUGUGUGUAGACAUGGUGACCCCUGGUUCCUGUCUCUACCACUGUAAGUUAAUCAGAGUCAGUAGGUCAGUCAUGAACCAUUUCGUAUCAAGUCUCUUUGAAUGACUUUGUUAGCAUUGCAACUGCAGAAUUAUGCAAGAAAUGUGAAAAAAUGGGUGAAAUUCCACUUGAAUGCCACAGUUCUUAAAUUGAUUUGCCAGCACAGUUCGCUUAUCUUCAACAACAUGACGCCGAAGGUCCGAGAUGUUCUUCACACCAGCUCCCUUCCCUCCAUCCUGGACUCUUACACGCUGUCUGAAGGCUUUGAAAAGACUGCCCGCGUGGUCAGAACUGUGAUGCAAUUGAAGAAGCUGCAGGCUAGAAAAGACAAGGAGGCUGUUCUACACUCCAGCCCGGAUGCUGAUUCUGACGAAGCGGCUGAAGCCAAACAGAAAGUUCUGCAGGAUCAGGUACCACGCCAUCUAGAGACGUACCACAGGAUUCACCGCCUGAGGGACAGACUGUCCCACCAUUACGCUGUCUUACUGAGAGAGAAGGUCCAAAGACAACGACUGGAGAUUAAACUGCAUGAUUCAGACACUUUGAAAAACAGAGCAAAGUGCAGUGAACAGAGAGCUCGAAAGCUGACCAUCCAGAAGCUCGCUGGCUCAGGCCUUGAGCAUGACAACGCUUACCUGAGGGCUCUACCUAAAACACGCUAUUACCUGAUCCUGGAGCUUCAGAGGCUUCUGAGCCAGCGAGGAUGUCUGAAGGGUCCCAAGGAGCAGGAGGUGUUCAGGUCCUGGGUGGACCAACACAAAACAGCACAGCUGGAGAAACAACUGCAGCAGAUGGCACUUUGCAGCAAGUCUGCUCCAGAAAUGAAGUUGGAGGACUUACUAAAGAUGAAGCAAGAAGUUCUGCCAAAGAUACAGAUCUCAACGGAUGAAAACCACCAGGAGGAACAGGAGCAUCAGUCUGCAGUCUCAGAGAGCGGAGGAGGAGCGCAGGCUGGCUCUCCUCAUCUCCACGGCAAACAGAGUCAGGAACAGGACCACACUGAGCUAAAGUUUCCCAGCGUCUUAUUACAGGAGAUCCAGGUGCCCAGGUUUUCCACUCUACAGCCCAGCUUUCUGGAGACUUUCAAAACCAACAUUCGUCUUUUGAAAGUGAAGGAGCCGCUUCACAAAUCGACGGCCGCAGCCUCGACCCAGCACAAGCUUCGCCUGAUGCACAGCCUCUCGCUCUCACACAUGGCUCACACACACAGACUGCUGGACAAAAAAGGACUUGCCCUGCAGCACGACGACGGAUACAGCAUCAACGACUUGCUGGAGCGCGUGUGUCUGAGCAAAAUCUCAACUAAAGAACCAAGAUUUUCUACAGAGCCUGCUCUCCCACCACUGUCUCUGAAAGAUAGUCCGGAACGCUUUAAGGAGAAACUCAGCACCUCAUCUGACCAGGUGACCAGUUCCCCACAGUUUGAGGACUCUAAGCUUAGCUGCAGUGGAGCCUCUGACCCAGAGGUGCCCCUGUCCAUGGAGGACAUUUGCCCUCUGAGUAUUUCACAGGGUGAAGACUUUGAUAAGAAGACAUGGACCAAUUAUGUGUCAUGAAGUAUCAUGUAUGGGUGCUGCACGUCAAUACUGAGCACUGUUGUAGUUGCUCCGAGUUCACUGAAUGUUGGAUUUUUAAUUCAGUUUGCGUCCGUUUUCUUAGGGUCAUAUCAUCUGUGUUCACUGGGGGAACAACAGCCUACAGCUAUAGCCUUUGCUCUUAUUUAGAUAUUUAUUCAUACUAUAAAUUUGACAUUCAAUAUUGCUCUUUUCAGAGGCAUCUAGUUUUAAUGAGUUUAAAGAGUUCAUCGCCAACUGUGCGUUUAUUUAUCAUUUUUCUAAUGAAUUGUCUUAUCUGAGUUUAAUAUACACCAACAUUACGAAGUGUAGAAUCAACAUUUUCAACAAAAAAGAGAGGUCAGAAAAUGGUCAGCUUGGCUGAAGACAAAUGUACAUUCUCAGAAAAAAAUGUAGUAAACUGUCACUGGGGCAGUGCCCCCCCCCUCCCCUUGUCACUGAGGAGGUCCCCCCAAGGGUACAUCUCAGUACCUUUAGUCAGGGAACAUAACUGAACCAUAAUCCAUUAAAAUGAUAUUUUCUUGUA